UCUCUGCAAAACCAAAAGCCUCAAUACAAUUAAAAAACUUUAGUUUCUGCAAUUCUUUGAGUCAAGUUAGUGUAAUGGCCGGAAAGGGUGAUGGACCAGCGAUCGGAAUCGACCUCGGAACCACAUACAGCUGCGUCGGGGUGUGGCAGCACGACCGCGUCGAGAUCAUCGCCAAUGAUCAGGGGAACAGAACGACGCCGUCUUAUGUGGCGUUUACUGAUACUGAGCGGUUGAUCGGCGACGCCGCCAAGAACCAGGUCGCCAUGAACCCCGUCAACACCGUCUUCGAUGCAAAGCGGUUAAUUGGUAGGAGAUUUAGUGACUCCUCUGUUCAGGCAGACAUGAAGCUAUGGCCUUUCAAGGUUGUUGCCGGCCCUGGUGACAAGCCCAUGAUUGUCGUCACUUACAAAGGUGAAGAGAAGAAAUUUGCAGCCGAAGAAAUCUCGUCUAUGGUUCUUGUUAAGAUGCGAGAGAUUGCGGAGGCUUAUCUUGGGACGACAGUGAAGAGUGCUGUUGUUACUGUGCCUGCUUACUUCAAUGACUCCCAGAGGCAGGCCACGAAGGAUGCUGGGGUGAUUGCUGGGCUGAAUGUGCUCCGUAUUAUCAAUGAGCCUACUGCUGCUGCGAUUGCGUAUGGUUUGGACAAGAAGGCGACGAGCGUUGGCGAGAAGAAUGUCUUGAUUUUUGAUCUUGGAGGAGGAACUUUUGAUGUCUCUCUUCUUACAAUCGAAGAAGGUAUUUUCGAGGUGAAGGCUACUGCUGGAGACACCCAUUUGGGUGGUGAGGAUUUUGACAACAGGAUGGUGAACCAUUUUGUUCAGGAGUUCAAGAGGAAGAACAAGAAGGACAUUAGCGGAAACCCAAGAGCUCUUAGGAGGUUGAGGACAGCCUGUGAGAGAGCAAAAAGGACUCUCUCAUCCACUGCUCAGACUACCAUUGAGAUCGACUCUCUGUUUGAGGGUAUUGAUUUCUAUUCAAGCAUUACACGAGCCAGAUUUGAAGAGAUGAAUAUGGAUCUGUUCAGGAAGUGUAUGGAGCCGGUUGAGAAGUGUCUGAGGGAUGCAAAGAUGGACAAGAGCAGUGUCCACGAUGUUGUACUUGUGGGCGGGUCGACCAGGAUUCCCAAAGUGCAGCAAUUGUUGCAAGACUUCUUCAAUGGAAAGGAAUUGUGCAAGAGCAUCAACCCUGAUGAAGCUGUUGCCUAUGGCGCCGCAGUGCAGGCUGCUAUUCUUAGUGGUGAGGGUAAUGAGAGGGUCCAGGACUUGUUGCUUCUUGAUGUCACUCCUCUGUCCUUGGGUUUGGAAACUGCUGGUGGUGUCAUGACCGUACUUAUUCCCAGGAAUACAACAAUUCCAACCAAGAAGGAGCAGAUUUUCUCUACCUACUCGGACAAUCAAACCGGUGUCUUGAUCCAGGUCUUUGAGGGCGAGAGAGCCAGAACCCGUGAUAACAAUCUGCUUGGCAAGUUCGAGCUAUCCGGCAUUCCUCCAGCACCGAGGGGAGUACCUCAGAUCACUGUUUGUUUCGACAUUGAUGCUAAUGGAAUCCUCAAUGUGUCUGCUGAGGACAAGACUACCGGCCAGAAGAACAAAAUUACAAUCACCAAUGACAAGGGAAGACUGUCCAAGGAGGAGAUUGAGAAAAUGGUGCAAGAAGCUGAGAAGUACAAGUCCGAAGACGAGGAGGUCAAGAAAAAGGUGGAUGCCAAGAAUUCCCUGGAGAAUUAUGCUUAUAACAUGAGGAACACCAUUAAGGAUGAGAAAAUUGCUUCCAAGCUCGACGCCGCAGACAAGAAGAAGAUUGAAGAUGCAAUUGAGCAGGCUAUCCAAUGGCUCGAUGGUAAUCAGCUUGCGGAGGCUGAAGAGUACGAGGACAAGGUGAAAGAGCUCGAGGGCAUUUGCAAUCCCAUCAUAGCGAAGAUGUAUCAGGGUGGCGCUGCUCCUGGUGGCAUGGAUGAAGAUGUUCCUCCUACUGGUGCUGGUCCGAAAAUCGAGGAAGUCGACUAAGGAAUUCUCUUUCAAUUUAGUAGUAAUGUUGUUUGCUUUGGAAAAAUGGUGAAGGGUGAUUUAAACUUUUUGGUUGUUUUUGUACGACUGUGGUGUGUAUGACUAAUCAUAUUGAUUUUCAAUGGU